CUACUUUUGUAGUUUAUGACUCUAGCCUCCUUAUAAGUUAUAAUUCAACAACUCCGAACCAUCAUUCUGUCAUAAUACCAAUCUCCGGUUAAUACCAUGAGCCUUCGGAGGCCCGAAAGGACUUUUAUUUUUGAGAUUGUUAGCUUCCAGAAUUGUUAUGGCUACGAACAGAAGAUUUCAGGUGCAGUCGGUAAUGAUUUUGUGAAAAUCGAUCAGAAGGAUGGGCAUGUCACUGUGUCUACUCGCCUUCUUCCCGAAACUGUGAGACUUGCACUUGAGGAGAAGACAAGAAGAAAAGUCGUCCUUUUAUAUGAACUCAUCCCUCCUCAUAAUCCAAGAUCAUCCUUACAGCCUUCUUCGCACCAUGGCCACCAACAUAGAUCUUUGGCUUCUACAUCAAACCAUGUAGCAACACACAGUAAGAGUCAAACGAUGAAGAUGACUAUCAGAUAUCAAAAUCAAGGGACUGUGGUUGAUGCACGACCAGGUGAAGGGCACAACGCAACAAAUUCACUAAGACGAUAUGGUAAAAUUUAUCACGAGCAUAAUCUGACAUUAACAAAGGGCAACAUAUCAUCAUACAAAUGCAGUGGAUGCAAAGAAUUGGGAAUUGGCGAUAGAUACAUAUGCAGCCAUUGUUCGUAUAUUCUCCAUCCAUACUGCAUGUAUUAUACAAGAAUAACUACACACAAGUUUUUAGAUGGAUCCACCUUUAAAUUCCAUCAAACACGUUUUGAUAGCAAGGAUAGAUAUUGUGACGCAUGUGGAUCAGACAUUGAAGGGUUCUUUUAUCACUGUGAGAAAACCAGCAAAGAUCUGCACCCUUGUUGUCUUAAGCUUACAGAAAUUGUUGAUGUUGGUGAGACCAAGUUUAUGCUUCGUAGGAUACUAACAAGUGAAUGCUUUUACUGCUCCCCAAGGAAGAAAGAUCACAAAGACAAUUGUUGGUGUUAUUCAUUAGAUAGCCAAGACAUGCAGGUUCAUGUGUCAUGCAUGAAAGAUGCCCUUCAAAAUUGUUUGAAAGGUGAAAGGAACAAUAACAUGAGCACCAUUGUCGUUGUAAGGCACGGAAAACAAACAAGUGAAGGUAUGAAAUGGGCACAAAGGCUUCUGAAGGUUGCUAUUUGUGUGCUUUCUGGGAAUCCAUUCCCUCUCUUGGAGGUUGCCCUUGAACUAUUUGAGUAGUAUGUAUCCUCCUCUGAAGUUCACUUUUUGAAGAGAUGUGAUUGCUUUUUAGUCCUUUGAGUGAAAUCAAUACAUUUGUGUAUUAUAUUUUAACUAUUAAUACAAAGUGUUAAUACAAACAAGCUUAAAU